AGGAUAAAGUUAUAGGAGCAAGUGCACUCAAAAUAUCUCUCACUAGCCUCUUCAAAAAUAUCGUUACAUAAUUGUUCCAUCAAAUAAUUCACAGAUAAAAGUUUGUGCGCUUGUUCCACUUGCUAACUUUAUUCAUGACCAUAAGGGUCAUCUUUCCAAAAGCUAUGUAUAACACAAGAAUCUCAAAGUCCUUUAUUGCAUUGUGUUACUAAAAUAAAACAUGGAAAAUACACAAAAAUCCUACCUUUUUCUUCUUCUUAGUUUCCCACUUUUCUUGAUCUUAGCAACAUUAUCAUCUCAAGUUUCUGCUUUUACUACUUAUUUUCCAGAAUUAGACAAGCCGCAAGAGUUGCUUACAGAAGAAAGAGUUUUCCAACUAUUCCAAGAAUGGAAACAGAAGCAUGGGAAAAUUUACAAGAAUGAGAAAGAGGAAGAAAGGAGGUUGGAGAAUUUUAAAAGGAAUGUGAAGUAUAUAGUGGACAAGAACUCAAAGAGAAGGUCAGAAUCAGACCAUUUAGUUGGUUUGAACAAUUUUGCUGAUAUGAGCAAUGAAGAGUUCAGUCAAGUUCAUACUUCAAAGAUUAAGAUGCCUUUUAAACAGCAGAACAAGACCACUAUUUCUGCGAAUUCAUGUGAUGCUCCUCCUGCUAAGGAUUGGAGGAAACAUGGGGUUGUCACUGAGGUUAAGAAUCAAGGAGCAUGUGGAUGUUGUUGGGCAUUUUCCGCAUGUGGAGCCAUUGAAGGAAUAAAUGCAUUGGUCACUGGUGAACUUAUUAGCCUUUCAACUCAAGAACUUGUCAACUGUGACACAUCUAAUAAAGGGUGUGAAGGUGGACUUAUGGACCCUGCUUUUAAAUUUGUGAUCAACAAUAGGGGCAUUGAUUCAGCAGCUGAUUAUCCAUACACCAAAUCUCGAGGCUCUUGCAGUUACAACAAGUUGAACAAGAAGGCUGUAACAAUUGAUGGAUAUCAAGAUGUUGCACAAGAAGAAAGUGCCCUACUUUGUGCUGUUGCUAGACAACCUGUCAGUGUAGGCAUUGAUGGAAAAAGCCUUGAUUUUCAGCUAUAUGCAGGGGGAAUCUAUGAUGGAGAAUGCUCUAGUAAUCCAGAUGACUUAUCCCAUGCAGUACUAAUUGUAGGAUACGGUUCUGAAGGAGGAGUUGACUAUUGGAUUAUCAAGAACUCAUGGGGAAAAUCUUGGGGCAUGGAGGGGUAUGCAUAUAUAAAAAGGAACACUGUUUUGCCAUAUGGGAUAUGUGGUAUUAAUUCACUGGCUUCUUAUCCCAUGAAAGAAUCGUCUUCCGCUCCACCAUCCCCUCCAAAACCAAAUAUAUGUGAAGACGGCUUACAUUACUGUCCAGAAGGUCAAACAUGCUGCUGCGGCUUAGAUUUCUUUGGCAAGUGCUUAGUUCAUGGAUGCUGUCCUAUUGAAAAUGGUGUUUGCUGUGAGAAUUCAAGAUUAUGCUGCCCUCAAGACUUCCCAUAUUGUGAUGUUUUACAAGGCCUCUGCCACAAGGAUUAUGGAGACAAAAUUGGAGUUGCUGCAAGGAAGAGAACAAUGGCCAAGCUCAAGCUAACAUGGAGCAGUGCUACUAAGGAAAUAGAUGAAAUGGACCAAACUUUCCAAUGGAACAGGAGGAAUCAGUUUGCUGUGAUGCGCUGAAACAACUUAUCUAAGUUAUUAUAGCUUUUAUCAUCCCAACUGGCACUCUGGUUCUUGUUGGUCAAGUAAAUGUUGUAGAAAAAUAUGUAAAAGAAAAAAUGUACAAAAAUCCUUCGAUUAUCUAUAUAUAACAAUUUAUGAAGCACAAAAAAAGAAUAAAUACUUGCGUUUUUGAAUACAA